AUGCCUACCGCUGGCAUGGAAGAAAGCAUCAAGGUGGCCGUUAGAGCAAGGCCAGUGAAUCAGCGGGAGAAGAAACUGGAAUGCGAUAUUUGCGUGUCGAUGAGUGGCAAGACGGUAACCAUGCUUUCUGAGAGGAACCCCAAGCACUUCACCUAUGAUUACACGUACUGGUCUGUGAAUGCGGGAGAAGGAUCGCAGAAUGAGAUCUUUGAAGACAUUGGGAACACCAUGCUCUCGAAUGCAAUCGAUGGUUUCAACUGCACACUCUUCGCAUACGGCCAGACUGGAAGUGGGAAAAGCUACACCAUGAUGGGCGGACAAGACGAGGAUGAUGCAGGUGUAAUCCCACGUAUGAUCGAGGGCCUUUUUGAGGAGAAAGAUCGGUUGGAGAAGGAACCUCUGCAAGAGCUGGAGGUGCGAAUUUCCUACCUGGAGAUCUACAAGGAACAAGUCACCGACCUUUUUGCUGCGCUGAAUUCCCGUCAUGCAAAGGGUGAAAGUCUCAAGAUUAUGGAACAUCCGAAGCUCGGGGUCUACGUGAAAGGAUUGUAUUUGAUGCCGUGCGAAACAAAGAAGGACGUCAUGGGCAAUCUGGAAUAUGGCCUGAAGAUGCGCACGAUAGCUUCAACAAAUAUGAAUCAAAACUCAUCCAGAUCGCAUGCAGUCUUUACCAUCAUUGUCAAUCGCCUGGAGGGUGAGCGUCCAACCGGCAAAAACAAGGAUGAACGGAAAUCCCUGCAGGCUAAGAUCAAUCUCAUUGAUUUAGCUGGCAGCGAGAGAACGUCCAAGGCACAGACAGAGCAAGAAAGGCUGAAGGAAGGCUGUGCCAUCAAUCAGAGUCUUUCGCAGCUUGGUUUGGUCAUCAAGAUGCUCACCGAGCAAGCCAGUUCUGGGGGUCUCAAAGCCCCCAUGUUCCGAGCCUCAAAGCUGACCUUCUUGCUGAAGGACUCUCUGGCAGGAAACUCCAAGACUUGUAUGAUGGCUACAAUCUCCCCAGCUAGCGACAAUUAUGAUGAGUCGAUCUCAACCUUGCGUUUCGCAUCCUCAGUGAAGAGCAUCAAGACAGUGGCUGUACAAAACAAGAAUAAGAAAGAUGCGCUUAUUGAGAAUCUGCAGGAGGAAAUGCGACUCUUGAAAGCUCAAAUGGCUGCUGGCGGACUCAAUGCUCCAGAGGCGGCAGAACAGUUGAAGGAAAGAGAACGUCUGAUCAAGGAACAGAUGCAGCAAGAUUUUCAGACAGAGCUGCAGGCAGCCAAGGAAAUGACGCGAGCCAGAGAGAAGGCCUUGGAAGAGAGUGGCCUGUCCCAUGGUCACAUUACGGAGGCCUUCGGCAUCACCAGUGGUCAGCCAUACAUGGUGAACAUGGCUUUUGACCCAAUGAUGGCUGGUUGCCUCAUUUACCUCAUUCAGGAAAGCAAGCCAACGACGAUGGGAUCACACAAAGACAAUACCAUUGUACUCAAAGGGCUGGGCAUCCCUGAUCAUCUGUGCAGAUUGGACAAGAUGGACCAGGAGGCUGCUACAGAUGCUCUGGCCCGUCAAAGAGCACCUUCGGAGGGUGCUGGGCCUGUGAGCCUCACACGGCUCUCAGAUGGUGCACGAGUAGCUGUGAAUGGUAAGCUGCUGGAGCCGGGGCAGACACGACUGCUUCAGAACGGCGAUCAGAUCUUCCUUGGUCGCAUCUACGUCCUGAAGCUCGUGUGCCCUGGUGAGGGGGCAGCACCCAUGCAAGACGACUUGGUGCUACAAAAGGAGGAAAUGGACACCUCUGAGCUCAACAAUUCGGCUUCAUGGAAAAGCCUCCAAGACUAUGUUGGACAAGUGGUUCGCCAAAUGUCUAGCAAGUCAGCGGCAUCCCAGCUAUUGGAUGAGAUCAAGCUGGCAUGCCGACUGACAGACGAGGCCAAUGAGAUCACAGCUGAGUGCAGAAAGGAGGGCCUGUCCUUUGAGGUGGACCUGACCAGCACCUAUCCACCGUGUGUGGCUAUUCGUGUCCUUGAGUGCGAAAAGGGCCGGGAUUGCAAAGAUGAGGAGGAAUGGAAGAAUCGGUAUAUCUGGUCUGUGCGCCAGCUCAAUGAGAGAUUGGACCGCAUGAAAGACUACUGGCGGGAAUGCCAAAACUAUGGCAAACCGGUGGAGCUGCCGCUGUUGGAAGAUCCCUGGCAUGAAGCCGAGCCCACGGAGAUCUUUGAGCGGAUGAGACAUUUGGAGAGCAUGGUGGAAGAGGCGGAGAGAGCGUUUAAGCUAUCUCACGGUUCGCAACCACUGAUCACAAGGAGCAUGGCGACAGAAGCUGCACUUCUUCGUUUGUCUUUCGGGUUGUGGAGGUCAUGUAUGAUCGCUGGAAAAAGAGAGCGCAGGACAUCCCAUGGCCGAGCAGCACUUGUAAAGGCUGGAAGUGGCAGGAUGAGGACCACUAUCGUCCCUGACAGGCCCUUCGGAGCCAGCAAAAAGCUGCUCAAACCAACAGACAAACCGCCAACAACUUCUGGAAGGAGAAUGACUUUGAAGCUGGCGGGACCAGAGAAAAGUCCAGAGAAGGCUGAGCCGCAGCAAAGCAGAGGCAGCAUUUUUGACAAAUCUCCAGCAAGCAGCCCAUCCAGGCUUGAACCGGAAGCCACUCCGGAGAUUGCACGCAAGGGCAAGCAGGUCGAAGCCGCAAUGGCGGAACUUCAACGGUCAAACCAGCAAAAAGCGGCUUUGGAACAUCAAAAGGCUGCAAUGGAACAUGACCUCGAGGUUGCUUGGGAGCUGGUCAGCGAACUGAGGCACUGCUUGGUGAACAAAAUGCAGCAAGAAGAUCAGGCCAUGGCCACAGGCCAAAAGAAGCAAGAGGAGGUCGAGAAACCUCAACGUCGGCAGAGCAGCUCACAAAGCCUCCUGGCACAUGCGGAUGCUUUAGCCUAUGCAACUCGAGCAGCAGUUGAUGCAGCAAAGGCCGGCCAUUCCCGCGACAUGCCCCCUCCAAGCGCACAAGCUUUGUGUUGGGUUGAAGAUGUUGAAGUCACUAGACAGGCUGUGCGGACAGCCAAGUUCCAGAGUGGCAUCGCAGCGCUACCGUGGAGCUCCCCACAGCUAGCAGUGAAAGAAAAGGAGCAGAGGAUCGAAGUUAUAGGAUAUACAGCGGAACCAAUUUCACGAAGUGUGAGUCCAGCCACCAGAGGUGCUCCUUCUCUCUACAGGAUGCCAGCGCCGCAAGCGCCGCAAGCGCCGCAAGCGCCGCAAGCGCCGCCAGCACCAAACUUGCCUGGAAUGGUGACUCCUUCGCAGCAGAUGAAUUCCAGCAGGCCGGAUUGA